AUGGAAAUGUCUCGAGGAAGCAACAAUUUUGACAAUAAGAAGAUUAGUUGCCAAAGAGGUCACUGGAGACCUGUCGAAGAUGACAAUCUCCGGCAACUCGUGGAACAAUAUGGCCCCAAAAAUUGGAAUUUCAUUGCUCAACAUCUCCAUGGAAGAUCAGGGAAAAGUUGUAGAUUGAGAUGGUACAACCAACUUGAUCCAAACAUUACCAAGAAACCUUUCACCGAGGAAGAAGAAGAGAGACUGCUUAAAGCUCAUCGGAUCCAGGGGAACCGUUGGGCUUCCAUAGCCCGACUAUUCCCCGGGAGGACCGAUAACGCAGUCAAGAACCAUUUCCAUGUCAUCAUGGCUAGACGCAAACGCGAAAGCUUCUCUUCCACAGCCACUUCUACGUUCAACCAAACUUGGCAUAGUGUUUUGAGCCCUAGUUCUAGUCUUACAAGGCUUAAUAGAUCACAGUUUGGGCUAUGGAGGUAUCAAGAGGACACGAGUCGCAGUCUCUGGCCUUACUCUCUUGCUUCAACAUCUAGAAAUGAUCAAUUAUUUGGAUCUUCAUCGGUCUUGAAUGUACACCAAGAAAUUUAUCAUGAAAGGAGAAAGUCGAAAGAUUUGGUGGAUCAUCACAAUUACAAAUUUCACGAAGCCACACGAGAGAAGAAGACUUCAGGUGAAGAUGGACCAUCAUCAAUGGGAGAUAAUGGUGAGAAGAGCAAUGUUACUUUCAUUGAUUUUCUUGGAGUUGGAUUAGCUUCUUAG